CUCACACGUGCUGAGAUGCUGGCUCGCAUGGAACGCUACGCCGUGGGUUUCCGGAAGUAUGGCGUGCUGCCAGGGGACCGGAUCUGCAUUCACCUGGAUAGCGGAGUGGAAAAUCUAUUAGCAAUGUACGGCUGCAUUCUAGCUGGAGCUACCAUUGUCUUAGCCAAGACGUCGCUCACAGAAAGAGAACUCCGCUACCAGGCAGGAGACGCCGAUUGCACUCAUGUCAUCACUGAUGAGCAGUAUACAACAAAGGUCAUUGCUGCAGUGGCGAACUUGAAUAUGAAGGCCCUCUUCUGCAUAGGUCGCGCAGCUGGCUUCGUGUCGGCUUCCCAGUUUUCGAAGCUUGACGAGAAAGACUUCUACGAGUGCCCCAUUGCAGAUCCUCGGAAAUCAUUGCUAGCUGUAUGCUACACGUCGGGAUCCACAGGACUGCCAAAGGGUGCUGAGAUCACACACUACAACUACGUGGCUUCCUUCUACUUGUUAAGGUUAAGCAUGCCAUGGGGUGAUGGAGACAUCUUUUUGGGCUCGGUACCGAUUACACACAUAACGGGUAUGAUGUUCUCCAUGACGGCUAUUCUGGAGGGAGCUUGUUGCGCUCUUGUAUCAGACAAGCUGACCCCUACGGAAAUCCUGGACACAGUCAUCAAGUACAAGUCGACGACGGCGUUCUUCUUCCCGUCCCAGCUUCAAGCUAUUGUGGGUCUGAUGCGGUGCACAGGACGGGAUCUGCCUAGCAUGCGAGCAAUCACCGUCGGCGGCAGUGCUCUCUCGGCCGCAGCAGCCGAGGCAGCACGUCAAUGUUUCAGUGGUCUCAAGGUAUUGCAGAAGGCGUAUGGAAUGACGGAAUCGUGUGGCGUUUUCACUUGUCAAUCCAGGACAGGCGAGCCACAAACCACUGCUGAUGUUGGUGUUCCCUUGAGCAAUUGUGAGCUAAAGGUUGUGGAUGUGAAAACGCGGCAAAAACUGGGUCCCCACCAGACCGGCGAGAUCUGUUACCGCUCACCCACUAUGGUGAGGGGCUAUUACAAGCGACCAAAGGAAACCGCCGAGCUCUUCGACGAAGAGGGUUGGUGUAUGUCGGGUGAUGCAGGCUACUACGAUGAGAAUGGCCGCCUGUACAUCGUCGAGCGGCUGAAACAGAUGAUAAAAUGCAUGGACAAGCAGGUGGUUCCCGCAGAGUUGGAAGAACUGCUACUCCGUCAGCAUGCGGAAGAGAUCGCUGAGGUUACUGUGGUGGGCCUUCCGCAUUCCGAUCAUGGCGAAGCACCUGCGGCUGCCAUUGUCCUCUCUCAAGUAGGCAGCAGGCAGGACCUGCUGACUCUCGCCGAGAGGAUCAAGGCCACUGUUGCCAGUAACCUUGCAGCGCACAAACAUCUGCAUGGCGGUGUUUAUUUCGUGGACUCUAUUCCGAAGACGGAGACAGCAAAAGUCAACAGACCAGCGCUGGCCCGCACUCUACUGAGAAGUUAGACCUUUACUCUACGAAUAAAAUUUCCUGUGUCGUAAA